CAGAAUUCAUACAGCAAAAACACUGUCCUGGAAUCAGUGUAAUCUGACAGAGAACUGUUGAAGCUACUACCUCUAUAUACAAGAAGCAUAGGCUGUUGCAUUGAUCUUACAUUUGCAGUAAUUAGAAAAACGUACAUUUCAUGCAUUCAGAAUCACAUUUUUAUAUAACAACAAUGAUAUUAAUAGGUGCUAAUGUAGGAUUUUGUUUAACUUCCAGAGAUAUGCUCAAAUGAAUGUCUUCGUUUGCAGUCAUAAUCACAUAAUCUACCUAUAUAUUUCACAACAUGACACCAUUUAAUGAUGUGCUUUUAUUGUUAACAAUAAAGAAUGUUUAUGAGGAGGCUCCUCCCCUACACUAAAGUUGUGCAUGCACUGGCAGGUUUCAAUCCACCAAUCUGCAUAGACAUCAUACUUUUGUGGCCAUCUGUAUUGUGGCACCUAAUUGGCUCUUUGUAGAAAUGGUGAUGAAGUGAGCAUCCAUGGGAUGACAUUUUUAAGAUUGGUACUUCCUGGGCUGCAGUAGCUAGCAGUAGCGUGGGGUGGUACUUCCUCACUCUCUUCAGGUCUGUAUAAACCUCCAUGGUUGUCAGACAGGAAUCUGGUCAGGAAGACCUUGUCAAGAUACAUAAAGUUGACCGCUCUGUUUCUGCGACGUGACGGUGGCUCAGCUCUGUGCCACCCAGUUCUGCAGGCAGUUUACAGGGCGAGAUGCGGGGUGCGGUGCGCUGGGUGCUGUGGGAUGUGAAGGACACGCUGCUGAAGGUGCGGCACUCGGUUGGGGAACAGUACUGCAGUGAGGCGUCACGUCUCGGCCUGGACCUGCCGCCCUCACAGGUGGAAGCUGCCUUCAAACAGGCUUACCGCCGCCAGGCCAAACUCUACCCCAACUAUGGCAUGGCCCAGGGCCUGGGGGGACACCGCUGGUGGGUGGCCGUUGUGAAGGACACUUUCAGCCAGUGUGGGGUGCAGGACCCAGCGAUGCUCGACAAGCUGUCCUUCAACCUCUACCAUAACUUCAAAAACGCUGAGAACUGGGAGGUGUUUCCAGACUCUGACCGUACACUAAGGAGCUGUAUCGCCAUGGGGCUGAAGCUAGGUGUGGUGUCCAACUUUGACAACCGCCUGGAGGGUAUCUUGCACAGCUGUGGGCUUCUUCCCCAUUUCAGCUUCCUGCUCACCUCAGAAGGGGCCAAGGUGGCUAAGCCUGACGCAGCCAUCUUCCACCAGGCCUUGCAGCACUGCGGGGCUCCUGCCUCGAGUGUGGCUCACGUCGGGGACCACUAUGUCAACGAUUACCUCACAGCACGCUCUCUGGGCAUCAGCGGGUAUUUGCUGGACAGGCAGAGCAGCACACAGCACGCAGAUGUUCCCCCUCAGCACAAGCUAAGCAGUCUGGAUGAACUGCCAGCCCUUCUAGAGCAAAAUCUAUUAUAGGUCUCUUUAACUUUUAUCCAGGGCAGGGCAGGAAAUGUGCAAUGAAAAGAUUUAUAGGUCCAUAAUUGUGCACUGGAGAUUAAUCAUGUACACUUUUACCUCGAUGACUGAUGGGGGUAUAGAUGAGACAUUGAAAUUCACAUGUAAUUAAAAUCCAAUCGAUAAGUCACCAAAACUGCUCGUUUAUCUUAUGGAUUAACUUGUCAAAUCUCGAGAGAAUGAGCUUUGAUGGUUAUACAUUAAACGGUUGGAUGGUUUUACACACAAUCCUUUUGGGUCAUUCCACGGCAUAUCAGCUAGACCCUUAAAUUUCAUGUCAUAGAUUUUCAUGAAAAAAAAAAGAUGUAUUUAAUGUGUAUUUUAUUACUGUAGCUGUACAAAAUCUUAAAGUUGUGCACCCAACAAUUUUUGUGUUAAAAAUGUGUAAAGUACCAAAACUGGAGUCAUUUUUGCUGGACUGAAUCCACAUGUGUUUAACCUCACCAAUGCCUAAAAUUCAUUUAGCUGAAAUGUAUACUGAAUAUAUUGAUCGGUGUUCCUUUUAGCUAUGAAAUAAAGUGAAACAGGGUGUAGCGUGCAAACAUCACUGUCUACAAAUUAAUAUCUGAGGCAUUUAUCAGUGUUUAUUUCCCAGAUUUUAUAUGUGGUAUUUGCAUAGGUCUAUCAACCCUAUAUUGUUCUUCAACAAAAAUCAGACGCUCUACAGUGACAUCAAAAUGGCCUCAAAAUGUAAAUUCAAAAUGUCCUUGUUUUCUGGGAUUUUUGACCCUUGGUUAUCUUUUUUUUUCCACAUGUACCAGUAAUCAAUUUACUCAAAGAUCACGGAUGUGCUUUUUCGUUUUCAUAGUGAAAUAUUUUUAUGAAAAUAGACAAUUUGUAAAUGGAACUUUGAAAAGAAAAAACAAGAAUCUAUUUAAAUGUUGAUGGUCCUUGAUUUGACAUUGAUAUGUACAUGAAAGGGACCACAACAAAGUUGCUGAAGAAAGCUGGAUUUUGUCACAAAUAUGUUAUGAUGAUGUAGACAAGCUGUGGCAACACAUUAAAGGGAAACUUUGGGAUUUUUCAACCUGGGCCCUUUUAGGGUAAAAACUUUGACUUAGGGCAAUUAACGAUCAAAACCCUUCAGGAUUGAGUUAGAAUGCUAUAACUGGUAACUGUAAAACAGCUGUACAAUAGAAUUCUGAGGCAAGCCAGCAGCUUGUUAUCGCCACUGACAGGCUCGUAAAUGUUGAUGUAAGGGUCUGAGAACAUGGAAAGGAUCCCUAAAGAGAUACACCUGCGCCUGUUUACCUCAAUUUCAGCUCAAUCCAUUACGAUUUAUGAAGUGAAGUGGCAGGGUUAAAUAUAUGUGGAUUCAGACCAGCAAAAACUACUCUGGUUUUAGGCCUUGGGCACCAACUUUAAAAAAGGUUAACACAAAACUAUUGGGAAGAUAGAUUUAAGAUCGUGUGCAGUUACAUUAAUAAAAUAUAGAAAUGUAACUAAACACUUAUACAUUACAUUAAUAAAAUAUAUAAAUGUAACUUAAUAUUUUCAUGAAAAUCCAUGACAUGACCUGUGCUGCUCGAGGUGAUUUAGCAUGGAAUGGCCCUUUUCCCUGAAAACAUUUCAGGAGAGAAGUUCAGAAGAACUCAGUUGGCAUGUCAUUGUACCCUUUUAGUGCAAAUUUACCUUUGUGCUCAUUGUGCUCUGUUGUAAUCUACUAGUCUGUGUUUUUGUCCUACAGUGGAAGUGUGACAAUUGCAGUUUCUUGUCUAUCCACAGGAUGGUGUACACUACCUUUCCUCGCACAUGGGAUAGACUCCCACAGCUAUUAGUGUAGGGAAAAGAUUUGUUUCAGCAGUUCCAAUGCUUUUAAAUAUGACGAUAGUCCGAUUAGUCAUGUGAAGUUCAUCAAUCUUUUAGGGAAAUGUGUUAAUUUAAUUGUACUCUUUUUUUAUUAGACUAUUUUAUUAAUAUGCUGACAAUACAAUAAUUAAAAAGAUGCAACUUA